CUGGCUCCCGCUGCUCCUGGAGAAGAAGCCAAAGAGGAGCAAACUGAGGUGGAUGACCGCCAGCCUCCAGUGGUCACACCAGAGCCUGGAUAUUCUGGAGCUGUGCUUCUAGAGAGAGAGCAGGAGCAGAUUGCUUCAUCAGAGAUGCCAUGGCAGACUCAGGGAGAGCUGUUCCCAGGCCGAGAGCAGGAAGAGCAGCUCAGGCAGCAGGUGGAAGAGCCACAGGAGAAUGGCCAGAAGAUGAAGGCAGAGCCACAAGCAGAGCUGCCCGAAGCUCAGAGUGACAUCAUGGACGUGAAGACAAAGAAUAAGGAAGACAUGGGAAGAAUUCAAGAGGAGAAUCUCCAUCAGCAGAGGAGCGAUCAACAAAACCAGGUGAGUGAAAGAGUGGCAGCCACUCCACUCAUGAAAUGUCCUCUCCCUUCUCCUUUACAGUCUAUCAAGGGACACAUGCAGGCAGAACUGCAGGACCCUGAGGCUAGCAACAAGGUAAGGGAGAAGAGGCUGGAGGAAGAAAUUAAAAUUUUCAGAGAGAAACCUAAUCACCUCCCUCAGGCUCUAGAAGAGACUGAGGAGAAGUACCUGGAGAUGCUGGGGAGAAUGGUGAACCCCAAUGAUAAUCCUGUGAAGAAGUACACUGAAAAGGAACAAAUUGGCAGCGGGAGUUUUGGACAUGUGGUCAGAGCACUCAACAAUGCCACAGGAGGAGAGGUGGCCAUAAAGAAAAUAAAUCUCCAAGGACUGAGGAAGAAGCAACUAACCAUUAAUGAAAUCAUGAUCAUGAAGAGGUAUAGAAGUCCCAAUGUUGUGAAUUAUUUAGACAGCUACCUUCUGGGCGAGGAACUCUGGCUGGUUAUGGAGUACAUGGAUGGAGGCGCCCUGAGUGACGUCAUCAGCAAGACCUACCUGUCUGAAGUCGAAAUGGCAGCCAUCAGUCGGGAGUGCCUUCAAGGACUGGAUUUUCUUCAUUCAAACCACGUGAUCCACCGAGAUGUGAAGAGCGACAACAUCCUUCUCAGAACCGACGGUUCUGUCAAGCUGGCUGAUUUUGGCCUCUCUACUCAGCUCACCCCUGAGAAGAAUAGAAAGAGCGUGAUAGCCGGGACUAUUUGGUGGAUGGCGCCUGAAAUGGUGAAGGAUCAACCAUAUGGCCCCAAAGUGGAUGUAUGGUCUUUUGGAAUUGUGGGGAUUGAAAUGGUAGAUCAAGAACCUCCUUAUUGCAACCAAAGUCCUUGCACGGCUAAAUGCCUGAUAGCCACAGUAGGGACCCCAAAGCUGCGACAGGCCAAGCACCUCUCACCUUGCCUGUGUGACUUCCUGAGCUGCUGCCUGCAGACAGAUGAGGAGCAGCGCUGGUCGGCCAAGGAGCUCCUGAAGCAUCCAUUUGUACGUUCAGCCAAGCCAGCGUCCAGCCUGGCACUACUCAUCAACUCAGUCAAGAAGAGGAAGUAG